AUGAGAGAAGGAUCUCUCUGUUCAUGGAUCGCCGCCGUCCAGUUAGCACCGGUUGGUUCGCAGGCCUUCUACACGGUCUGGGUAGAAAAUAUGAGUGCAGGUACCUCUCUGCUUGCCAUCGGGGGCCUCUGCAAAGAAGAAGACCUGAACGAUGAUGGAGGUCACGUAGGAGAGAAGUCCCGUUCACGAAGCGAUGCCCUCAAGACGAUCAAAGGAUCUCUCGAUUCAUGGGUCGCCGGUGCCCAGUUAGCACCAGUUGGUUCGCAGGCCUUCUCCACGAUUUUGAAUUAUCGUUCCUCUGACGCUGAAGUUUUGUUGUGCAAGUGCCUCUCUGUUUGCCAUCGGAGGCCUCUGCCUCAGCUAAGGUUGCUUUGUUUUUAUGGUCAGUUGAAUAGUGGAACUGGUUGCUUGCUGUCAGAGGGAACCAGAGAUUGUGCGUUGGUCGAGGAAAGUGUACCGAAGCCACGCCUACAGGCUACAACUGACCAGUUACUCCACCGGUUCAUGCCUAAGAUAGCAGUGCCCGAGUGGUAUGCUUCCUGUCUAUGCGCCCUGGGGAACUCUGAGCUUGAGCACAAGGAGUACAAGACGAGUAGGGGAUAUGUCGGCUCCAAUUUGCUGUUCAAGGCUCGGGCCUUAGCGGUGAUGGGGGACGGGCAACACUUGUCUGGUGGUAGCGCGAUGACGGCGGUAUUAAGAUGGCAACGCGAGCCUGGAAACAGAGUUGUGAGUGAACCCGACGGGGGUGCUGUGCUUCGAUAG